UCUGACAUCUACCGUUCGCGAUAUGAACCACGCUUCAUAACCACAACAAUAAGCACAUAAAAAAUUGGCUUAAAUGUUGUUAAAAAAAUGUUUAAAAUUUGAUCAAAAUUAUAAUUAUUCAUCAAAAAAGUAAUAUUUUUAACAUAAACAUUGACAUUUCUGUUUAAAUACGUGGUCCAAUAAUCAAGCACCAGAUAUGUAUCACCACGAAUCUAACCUAAUAUACUCUAUGCGUGUUCCUUAAAAAAACUAAUUUUAUCACAAUUUCCGGUAGCUUAACUCGUGCUAAAAGUGAAAAAUGAACGUUAAAGUGGUCGCGUUUUUAAUAUUGUUUAUCGCCCUAAUAACCGGCGUUCAAAAUGAAACUAGCAAGAAAGAAGAUGAUGAGGAAAUAUUUGUACCAACACAUGAGUGGAAAAUCGUCAAAAAAGGUCAAAAAAUUCCAGAAGGUCUUCACGUUCGUAUGAACUUAGAAACGGGUGUAACGGAAGCAAAGUUAAUCAGCAACGAGAAACCAAAAAACGCAUUAAAAAUGAUCGAGGAUGAAUCAAAUAAUUUCCCAGAAAAAACCUCCUCCGAAUCUGAAAAUCGUAAAACUUCCUACAAAAAUUACGAAGAACUCAAAAAAGAUUUUAACGAAUUAAAUUUGAACCCAAAAACGGAUGCGGAAAUUUUACGCGAACUAAUUGAGAAACAUGUCGAUAUAUCCAAACAAAAGGAUCGCGAUGAAGAGGAGAUAUUAACGAUAUUGGAAGAUCUUGAGUUUUUGGUUCAUCAAUACGACAACGCAAACGAUUUUGUGAAAAUGGAUGGAUUUAAAACGAUUGUUUAUCAAAAUUUGAAUGCAACCAACAGCGAAAUUAAAAGGGAAACUUUAAAAUUGUUAGGAUCGUCAAUGCAAAAUAACGUUAACGUUAAAAUACAUGCUUUAGAGACUGGUAGUGUUGACAUUUUAUUACGCAUUUUAGCUUUAGAUACGGAUAUGAGUGUAAAAUAUCGAGCUUUAUUUGCGCUAAGCGGUUUAUUAAGAGAUUUUCCUUACGCCCAAUUAAAAUUUGUUGAAAAUGCCGGUUUAAGUGUCUUCUCAAAACUUUUCGAGUCAGAUAAUCUCAAAAUUCAACAAAAAAUGUUAACUUUAAUCAACGAUUUAUUACAAGAAGAAAUUGAUUCAAAAAAAGACACCAAACAAGUUGAAAAAAUCAAACAAUACGAGGAUAUCCAGUUAAGAAAACGAUUAAUAGUUCAUAAUUAUUGUGAUCAUUUAAAUAAAAUGAUUGUAAACAGUGUAGUGAUUGAAGCUAACGAUCACGAUAUCAUCGAGAGAUGUCUUGGGGCGUUAUAUUUGAUGGUUGAUGAUUGUUCAUCGAAAUUAACUGAUAAAUCUAAAGAUAUUGUGCUUAGUUUGAGGAAUUUGUAUCGGAAAUUGAGUCAAAAUGAGAGUGUUGAUGGCGAUCCUGAUUAUUUUGGUACUUUGUAUGAUUUAUCCAAUGCUAUUGUUCAGAGAAUUCAAAAAAUUAAAGUUGAAUUGUGAUAUUAACCUGUUUUAUGUUUAGAUUUAUUUAUUAAAAGUUGUAAUGUUUUUGUUUAAUA